CUCGAUUGCAUCAAACUAAGGCUUUGACCCAACCAGAUUGCGCGCUUGAACAUGUAAAUAACAUGUACAUAAAUGAUUACCUACCUCGUCGACAUGUACCAUAUUCAUACCACAUCUAAAACUAUCCCCGCCUAAAAGCGAAUCGCCUACGAACAUCCAUUUAUCGCUGCGGCCCCUCCUUUUUUCCCUUCUCCCUUAUCAACAUUAGAACUUGAUACUUCUCGUCAUCAGUCAAUCACGCAUUUAAUAAAACGCCACUAGGUCUUUGAACGAAUCACACUUAUUUCUCACUGCUCGUGCUCCGACUCUAUUGUCUUGUAUCACCUCUCUUUCACUUAGACCUUCAUAGAUCAAAUUUGCAUUCUCCCACCUUAAGUGUCCGACUCUCGCCUCAUAUUCUAAAGCACGGUCGCAUCGAUACGAUCCUUGCUUGCUAGUAUCAUAAUUGGCAAGUGAACGGUUGGGAUAUUAAUAACUAUAAUAAUGCCCGAGAGCGAGUCUUCCACCGGCGACCGCCGGCUGUUGUUGGUAUCUAACCGUCUUCCAAUUACGAUAAAACGAAAAGAUGAGGGAAACUACGACUUCUCUAUGUCCUCUGGAGGUCUCGUCACUGGGUUGAGCGGUCUGAGCAAAACGACAAGCUUCCAAUGGUACGGCUGGCCUGGCCUGGAAGUCCCCGAAGCCGAGAUACCUGUAGUAAAGCAGCAGCUCAAGGAGCAAUAUAAUGCGCACCCCAUAUUUGUCGACGACGAACUUGCCGACAGGCACUAUAAUGGCUUCUCAAACUCGAUCCUUUGGCCGCUGUUCCACUACCAUCCCGGAGAGAUUACCUUCGACGAGAACGCCUGGGCUGCUUACAAGGAGGUCAACAGGCUAUUUGCCAAGACGGUUCUGAAAGACGUUCAGGAUGGUGAUUUGAUCUGGGUACACGACUACCAUCUCAUGCUCUUACCUGAAAUGCUGCGUAACGAGCUGGGUGACCGAAAAGACGUAAAGAUCGGCUUCUUCCUCCACACCCCGUUCCCCAGUAGCGAAAUCUACCGCAUCCUCCCCGUUCGCGAAGCGUUACUCGAAGGUCUUUUGCAGUGCGACCUGAUAGGUUUCCACACCUACGACUAUGCUCGCCACUUCCUUAGCUCCUGCUCGCGUAUUCUAGAGGCUCCGACUACACCGAACGGCGUCGACUACAAAGGAAAGUUUGUAACGGUCGGAGCGUUCCCCAUUGGAAUAGAUCCAGAUAAAUUCGUCGAGGGUUUGAAGAAGCCGAAGGUACAGGAGCGGAUAGCUUCGCUGUCUCGCAAAUUUGAGGGUGUAAAGUUGAUUGUGGGUGUCGAUCGUCUUGACUACAUCAAGGGUGUUCCGCAGAAGCUACACGCUCUCGAGGUAUUCUUGACAGAGCAUCCAGAGUGGAUCGGCAAGAUCGUGCUUGUGCAAGUGGCCGUGCCCUCAAGACAAGACGUCGAAGAGUAUCAGAAUCUUAGAGCGGUCGUCAAUGAGCUAGUAGGAAGGAUCAAUGGUCGGUUUGGAACGGUCGAGUUCAUGCCCAUUCACUUCUUACACCAAAGCGUCCAGUUUGACGAACUGUGCGCCCUAUAUGCGGUUUCGGAUGUCUGUCUCGUAAGUUCUACGCGAGACGGAAUGAACCUUGUGUCGUACGAAUACAUUGCAACUCAGCAAAACCGCCACGGUGUCAUGAUCCUCUCGGAGUUUACGGGCGCUGCCCAAUCGUUGAACGGCAGCUUGAUUGUGAACCCCUGGAACACAGAAGAGCUUGCUAAUGCGAUCCAUGACGCAGUUACCAUGUCCCCCGAGAUGCGCGAAGCCAAUUACCGCAAGUUGGAGAGAUAUGUCUUCAAAUACACCUCAGCGUGGUGGGGUCAAAGCUUUGUUAACGAGUUAACCAAAGUCAGCAGCGCCCAUAGCCACGGGGUUGACAGUAAGGCUGGCCCAGACGCGAAGCCGAUGCUAACCAGCGAUGUUGGUCGUGCAUUGUCGGGAGUAUUUGAGAGUGUCAAGGCUGCUGCUAGUGCAGCUGCUCCAUCAGGUGGCGCCCUUGGUUUACUGAAAUAAAGGGGGGGAGUUGGUCGGGUCGAUUAUCGAUCGACUGGAAAUAGCUUUUCAGGAUAAUGUAUGGGAUAAUGCUUACUCGGUGGGCUAUUAAUGCUAUUAAUAGUCGACGUCACCUAAGCCUAGGUUAUUGAAGCGGGCAUAUUUGCUUGGGGUUGAAUCCAUAGAUGAUGAUGAUGAGAUAAGGCGACGAAGAAAACGGAAGGCAUAUGAUUAAGACAAGGUCAGGGACGGAGUUUAUGGGAUUGAUAGAUACUCGGCAACGGAGCCUUGGGACACCGGUUCGUAUAAAUGUGCAUAGUACCAUUUUCAAAAGUUCGUACAGUUGUCAUAUUGCCUGAAUGAUGGUAAUUAUUUACAAUUCUGAAUUUAUAACUAACAUAUUACAUAUAUGAAAA